AUGCUGGCAUGUCAGAACAGCGGGGCCAAAGUGGCCCCUGGCCACCACAAGAUCUCCUUCUCCAUCUUAGACAUCCUGGACCCGCAGAAAUUCACCCGGAGAAGGGGGCCGGUGGCCCGGGGAGGCCUCUGCGCAGCCCGGGAGCAAGAGAAAAGUUUGGGGCAGGCGGAGUCCGCCGAGACGGAGCCCGGCUGCCGGAGGGAGCCCGAGAUCUCCGGAGAAGGGGUGGACGGGCAGUGGUGGACGCGUUGGGGAGAGCAGGGACUAGGGACCAGGGAGCUGGGAGGCGGCGGAGAUAGAGGGUCGGAGCACCGCACAUGGAGGGUGGCGGGAGCCCGCGUCUCCGCUAGCCAGGUUCGCUUCUCCCCCUUAGAUAGCGGACCCACGGGCGUCCUGGACGGCUCAGGGCUUGGACGGCAGCGGCCGCGGCGAAGGCGCCGGGGGCUCGCGGAGCCGGAGCCGCCGGAGGGCGGAGGUGGCGCGGGCAGCAGCGGCGCGGGAGUCCCGGCGCCGGCCCCGGGCCCCGAGGGCCCCCAGUCGCCGCGGCCCCUAAAGCGCCGGCGGCCCCCCGAGGGCGGCGGCUGCGCUAAGCCCCGGCGGGCGCGCACAGCCUUCACCUACGAGCAGCUCGUGGCUCUGGAGAACAAGUUCAGGGCCACGCGCUACCUGUCCGUCUGCGAGCGACUCAACCUGGCGCUGGCGCUCAGCCUCACCGAGACGCAGGUGAAGAUCUGGUUUCAGAACCGCCGCACCAAGUGGAAGAAGCAGAACCCAGGCGCCGACGGGCCGGCUGCGCUGCCCGGGCCCCCGGGAGCCGCGACAGCCCCCGGAGCCCCGGUCCAGGCGCCCGGCCGCAGCCCCAGCCCUCCGGGCCCCAGCGCCCUCCACUUCCAGACGUUCCCUCCUUAUUCCUCGGCCAACGUGCUCUUCCCGGCCGCCGCCUCCUUUCCCCUGACGGCUGCAGCGGCCGGGGGCCCCUUCGCCCCCUUUCUUGGCUCCACCUACUUAAGCCCUUUCUAUGCCCCACACCUCUAA